AUGUCAUUGUACCGUUCGCCAUCCGCUGCUCUUCUCAAGAGCCCAUCGCAAGCCGCGUUUGGUGCUCCGUUCGGCAGCAUGUCGGUCGCCGACCUCGGAUCGCUCACCAGACUCGAGGUAAAUUCCCUUUUAUAACUAUUACCUUUAUUCUCUUUAUCACUCGUUUUGAAUCCAUUCGGAGCGUCACGUUAUGCACAUAGAACUUUAGGAUUCUAAGGAUCUCAAGCGGCCUCACUUUCUCAGUUUCCAUUCUCCAAACCGUAUAAUAAUUUGUCCUGGCUGUUCGGAGUAUUUCCUCAAUAGUGAGAGGCUAGACACUUUCUGCUGCUCCGCGAGGAAAUGGUACCCGAUCCAAAAUCCACUCGGCAACUAGUUUGCCUGUAUUGUCAGAAGUAACCGAGCUUCGCAACUUUUGUUUGACUUCCCUACUACUAGAUCCGAUGUUAUUAGGAAGUGGGACAUCAAUUGUUUGAUGAGAGAAUUUGCUUCUUUAAAGUGUUUCGUUACUAGUUAAAAACUAAUUAGUCAUAGCGAUUUCUAUCCUCGGUUGAAUUUCACUGUAAUUGGCAAGUCGGGAAGUGUAUACAUCCCCGUGGGUGCACGUAUCAAUCCGUGGAUGCGGUGCCAUUUGCUCAUCGCCCAUCUCUUCCCGAAGGAACCUCCUCUGCGCCUCUUCUUCUCUUAUCUCACUUUUCUCUGACUUUUCUUCCCCGAUCCGCUCCCACGCGUUGUUGGGUGUAAAGAAUUUAACUGGGAUAUUCAGCAAAGAGGAUCCACCCUGAAAUUGAGGCCAAAAUGGGAGUCGUAUAAAACAUUUAAUAUUUUCAGGACAAGAUCCGUCUUCUCCAAGAGGACCUCGAAUCUGAGCGCGAGCUCCGCAACAGAGUGAGUUUCCGAAAGCGAUUCAUCCAGAAUGAGCCCUUUUCCAGAUCGAGCGCGAGCGUGCCGAUCUCUCCGUCCAACUCAUUGCUUUGACCGACAGACUCGAGGAUGCUGAGGGAACCACCGACAGCCAAGUAAGUUGUGUCGUAGAGCACCCGGAAGUGUUCCACUCAGACCCGGAAUACUUCUGCCUGCUGCAAAAGAGAGCGAAAACAGGCAGAUGAUUAUAUUUUCGGAAGUAGUUAUGCUAGAAACGCUCUCCACGUCACACAAGAAACCGCUUGUUGCAGAUCGAAUCGAACCGCAAGCGCGAGGGAGAACUCCUCAAGCUUCGCAAGCUCCUCGAGGAGUCCCAGCUCGAAUCAGAGGAUGCCAUGAAUGUGCUCCGCAAGAAGCACCAGGACGCUGUGCUCGACUACCAAGACCAAAUCGAGCAGCUCCAGAAGAAGAACGCCAAGUGAGUCACCGUUCUCACAUCAUUCCCCUUCCCUUCCUCCCUCUCGUACUCGUUAGUAGCUCCCGCGGGCGGCAGGCAGCAAGGCAGCGGAGGAGUUGGCGGCUCCCUCGCGGUGUGUAAAAUAACAAACGUUUCUCGUGUGUGUUUGUUUCGCCUUCCAGGAAGAUAAGUGAAAGAGAUAGAAAGAGAGGAGAGCGUCUGAGUCUCUCUGAUCCUCCCGCUACCUCCCUUCUCCGUUGCCUGCCAGCUAUCCGUUCCCGUGAAACAGUGGUGGUUAGAAAUAAUUAGAUUGUUGGGAACGCGAGAGAAGUGAAGCCGCAAUCAUGCAAAUAAGUUGACAAAAAAACUUGAGCGUUUCUGGGAUCGAAGAGUCUGAUGGUAGGGAAGAAGGGUCAUGUGAGGAUUGUUCUAUGAACUUAUAUUGAUCUAGUUCCUACACUUUCGUACACCAAACUUCAGUUGUCUCUUCUCACUUUCGCCCCCAAACUUUGAUAAAAACAAAAGUUCGAAAUGUUGUUAGCUGGCGUAGUUGUCUGAUCACUGGUUUCACUCUCAAACCCGUCCGCUACCACUUCCACCUCUGACAUCACCGCACACAUUGUUGACACAUGUCGAUUUUUGAGACCUGCUUUUGUUUUCAACGACACUCCGUUUUAACGCGGCGUUAAAUUUAGCAUUAGCUAUUGGUCCACGCCCACGCUGUUCGUUUUUGCAGGAUCGACCGCGAACGCCAGCGUGUGCAACACGAGGUCAUCGAGCUGACCGCCACCAUCGACCAGCUCCAGAAGGACAAGCACAACGCCGAGAAGGCCGCCGAGCGCUUCGAGGCCCAGGCCAACGAACUUGCCAACAAGGUCGAGGACCUCAACAAGCACGUCAAUGACCUCGCCCAGCAGCGCCAGCGCCUUCAAGCCGAAAACAACGACCUCCUCAAGGUACGUGAUGUGUAUUGAACACAAUUGAUCUCCGUAUCAUCUAUAACGUGUGCUCACUCUGCUUUUUGCUUUUCCUCCUUUUUUCAGUCACCGCAAAAAAAGAAACCCCUAAAAUUGGCACAGCGCCUCCGUUUUAUCGCUACUAUUUCGGUGGUGGCGCAGAGUGUGUGCGCAAAUAGAGUACUCGAGAUAUUAGGUGAGGGCUCUGUGAGCGCACCAUGAGCCUCAAGAGAACAAAAAGAAGACCCAAUCGUUUUUUGUCGAUUGUGUGUUAACUGAUCAGGGAUCGUAUACUUUACAGGAGGUUCACGACCAGAAGGUUCAACUCGACAACCUUCAACACGUCAAGUACACCCUCGCCCAACAGCUUGAGGAGGCCAGACGUCGUCUCGAGGAUGCUGAGCGCGUAAGUAAAAGUGCCAAAUUCAGGGGAGCCUAUCGGGUUUCCCCCGAGGAAGCGCCUCUGACGCAGAUAGAAAAGACCUUUGAACCAAGAUCAAAAAUUGCAGGAGCGCUCCCAGCUCCACUCCCAACUCCACCAAGUCCAGCUCGAGCUCGACUCGGUCCGCACCGCCCUCGACGAGGAAUCGGUUGCCCGUUCGGAUGCCGAGCACAAGCUUAACCUCGCCAACACCGAGAUCACCCAAUGGAAGAGCAAGUUCGACGCCGAGGUCUCCCUUCACCACGAGGAAGUCGAGGAUCUCCGCAAGAAGAUGCUCCAGAAGCAGGCUGAGUACGAGGAGCAGAUCGAGAUCAUGCUUCAGAAGAUCUCUCAGCUUGAGAAGGCCAAGUCUCGCCUCCAAUCCGAGGUCGAGGUCCUGAUCGUCGACCUUGAGAAGGCCCAGAACACCAUCGCCAUCUUGGAGCGCGCCAAGGAGCAGCUGGAGAGACAGGUCGGAGAGCUCAAGGUCCGCAUCGACGAGCUCAAUGUUGAACUGGAGGCUGCUCAACGCGAGCUCCGUGCCGCCAACGCCGAGCUCCAGAAGAUGAAGCACCUGUACGAGAAGGCCGUCGAGCAGAAGGAGGCUCUUGCUCGCGAGAACAAGAAGCUCCACGACGAGCUCCACGAAGCCAAGGAAGCUCUUGCCGAUGCCAACCGCAAGCUCCACGAGCUCGACCUUGAGAACGCCCGUCUCGCCGGAGAGAUCCGUGAGCUCCAGACCGCUCUCAAGGAGGCCGAUGCUCAGCGCCGCGACGCCGAGAACCGUGCCCAGCGUGCUCUUGCCGAGCUCCAGGCCCUCCGCAUCGAGAUGGAACGCCGUCUCCAGGAGAAGGAGGAGGAACUCGAGGCUCUCCGCAAGAACCUUCAAUUCGAGAUCGACAGACUCAUUGCCGCUUUGGCCGAUGCCGAGGCCCGCAUGAAGUCCGAGAUCUCAAGACUGAAGAAGAAGUACCAGGCCGAGAUUGCCGAGCUCGAGAUGACCGUCGACAACCUCAACAGGUGAGUGUUUCAGGAAAUAGAGUAUCUAAUGGGAAUUCGAUUGCAGAGCCAACAUCGAGGCCCAGAAGACCAUCAAGAAGCAAUCGGAGCAACUCAAGGUUCUCCAAGCUGCUUUGGAGGACACUCAACGUCAGUUGCAACAAGUUUUGGACCAGUACGCCCUUGCCCAGCGCAAGGUAACGAUUUUUAUAUACGUGCAGGUUGGAGAUCCGUACUUUUGCAGGUCGCCGCUCUCUCCGCCGAACUCGAGGAGGCCAAGACCGCUCUCGACAACGCAAUCCGCGCCCGCAAGCAGGCCGAGGUUGAUCUUGAGGAGGCCAACGGACGCAUCUCCGACCUCAUCUCCAUCAACAACAACCUCACCUCUAUCAAGAAUAAGCUCGAGACCGAGCUCUCCACCGCUCAGGCCGAUUUGGACGAGGUCACCAAGGAACUCCACGCUGCCGACGAGCGCGCCAACCGUGCUCUCGCCGAUGCCGCCCGCGCCGUUGAGCAACUCCAUGAGGAGCAGGAGCACUCGAUGAAGAUCGAUGCUCUGAGAAAGUCUCUUGAGGAGCAGGUCAAGCAGCUCCAGGUCCAGAUCCAGGAAGCCGAGGCUGCCGCUCUUCUCGGAGGAAAGAGAGUCAUCGCCAAGCUUGAGACCAGAAUCCGUGAUCUGGAGACUGCCCUCGACGAGGAGACCAGAAGACACAAGGAGACCCAGAAUGCCCUGAGAAAGAAGGAUCGUCGCAUCAAGGAGGUGCAGCAGCUGGUCGACGAGGAGCACAAGAACUUCGUCAUGGCUCAGGACACCGCCGACCGUCUUGCCGAGAAGCUCAACAUCCAGAAGAGACAACUUGCCGAGGCUGUGAGUUGUCUGAAGGGUCUGAUCAAUGUUCGAUUUGUUCUGUUUUGCAGGAGUCCGUCACGAUGCAGAACCUCCAGAGAGUGCGCAGAUACCAACACGAGCUCGAGGAUGCCGAGGGUCGUGCCGAUCAGGCCGAGAGCAGCCUUCACCUCAUCCGCGCCAAGCACCGUUCCUCUGUCGUCACUGGAAAGUCCUCAUCCAAGGUAUGCGCUUCUCUCUGACGUAGUCGUGUUUUGCUGAUCGCUACAGCCGACUCACUGACAUUUUCUGAUCAGUAGCCAACAAUUAUCAUGUCUCUAAUUAUGCUCCAACUCGACAUUUUCAGAUUUUCGUCACGGAGGACGAUUAUUAA